UUUCGUUUCCAUCAGUUCCAAUGUGCAUGUUUGACUUCAGGUCCUCCUGCUGCUAUCCGUACUCACAGCAAAAUGGCGACGAACGCAGACAGUGGUGUCCCUCUCAGUACGCUUUGUCCCAAGUAUCUUCAUACCAACUCCACCAGCCACACCUGGCCCUUCAGCGCUAUAGCUGAGCUCAUAGACAAUGCCUAUGAUCCAGAUGUCAGUGCCAAACAGUUCUGGAUUGAUAAGACUGUGGUCAAAGGAAAAGAAUGCCUCACCUUUAUGGAUAAUGGAAAUGGACUGGACUACGAAACUAUGCAUAAGAUGCUCAGCUUUGGGUACAGUGAUAAAACUGCUGUAAACGGUGUAGCGCCUAUAGGAAUCUAUGGCAACGGCUUCAAGUCUGGAUCCAUGCGUCUUGGCAAAGACGUCAUCGUCUUUUCCAAGUCAAAGAGCACUUCAUGCGUUGGGAUGCUCUCACAGACGUACCUGGAAGAGAUCGAAGCAAAGCAAAUAGUGGUACCAAUUGUCUGCUUUGGACAGACAGAAACAAGCAAGUUCUCUGUACGAGAGGAGCACAAAGCCAGUCUGCAGCACAUCCUGCGCUAUUCCCUUUUCACAACAGAGGAGGAGCUUCUCAAUGAGCUGUCUGCCAUCAGUCCUCCCUGGUCCACAGAAAAGACUGGCACACGGAUCGUCAUAUGGAAUCUCCGCAGGACAUCCUCUGGAACAAUGGAGUUUGAUUUUGAGAAGGACCGUUACGAUAUACGAAUUCCAUCUGAGGUCUACGAGGCAGCGAGUGACACCUCUCGACAUUCAGACAAGGUCGCAUCAUGCAUCCCUGAGAGUCUUUACUCACUGCGGGCAUAUUGCAGUAUCCUGUACCUGAAGCCUCGGAUGCAGGUCGUCAUUCGUGGUCAAAAGGUGAAAUCUCAGCUCAUCGCUAAGAGUCUGGCCUACAUCAGAAAGGACCAAUACAAGCCUACUUUCCUGACCAGACGCAUUCGUAUCACUUUCGGGUACAACACCAAAAGUAAAGAGCAGUAUGGCAUUAUGAUGUAUCAUAAGAAUCGGCUCAUCAAAGCCUACGAACGUGUGGGCUGUCAGCUUAAGGCCAAUAACCAAGGUGUUGGGGUUAUUGGGAUAAUAGAGUGUGAAUUUCUGGAUCCUACCCACAACAAACAGAAUUUUAUGGAGACAGAUAAGUACAGGAAAACGAUGAUCAAUCUGGGGAUCAAACUGGAGGAGUACUGGAAGGAAAUUCGCUACAGGAGGACCAAAGAAAAUCCGGGAAGCACCAUACCAGUGGAAGAUACUGUGAAGCGACCAGAUCAAAACUGGGUGCAGUGUGACGACUGUUUAAACUGGCGUAAACUCCCCGAUGGGAUCGACUGCAGCAAGCUGCCAGAAAAAUGGUUCUGUCAUAUGAACCCUGAUCCUCAGUACAGGAGCUGCCAGGUAGAGGAGGAGCCAGAGGACUCUGACGAUGACCAGCCUUCAUACUGCAAGACCUAUAAACAACAAGAGAAGGAGGACAGAAAGCAGAGGGAGAGGGAAAGACAAAAAGAUGUGGAGGAUCAAAAGCGGCAGGAAGCGGAGCAUCUGGCUAAUCUCACCAGGCAAACCAAGCCUCUAAGAUGGCAGCAGGACAACCUGAAACGACUUCAUCAAACAACUGUCCAUUCCAGCCCCACCCCCUCUCCCACUACCAAAAGGAGUCGGCGUAACACUCAAGGCGGUGAUGCGAGGGCUGAAUCCUUUCAGCAGUGGUCUUCCACCAUUUCACAAGCUGCUUGCAGCCCCUCCAGUAGCAGUGGUCUUCCAGUUAUUUCUAAUGUAUGCUCUCUGUCAACCGCCCCCCUGAGGGGGAAAAGAACACAGCCUGUUACUCCGCAAAGCACGCCCAAAAGACCUCGAGCAAAUGGCUUCCAUAGGAGCACCUCAGAUUCACCCCCAUCAGUGGAAGUGAGCCCACAGUACUCCCCGUCAGUUCCUGUCUAUAAUGAUGAUGAUGAUGAUGAUACUGACGACGACAUUGUGAUCUUGGAGACUGCCAGUACACCCAAGCCAAAAAAGCCAGGCUUUGGUUUGACUAAGAUUAAGAUAGAGGAAGAGCUAAGUGAAUCUGGUGUCUGCAUGCUGUUGGAGUGCAGCGCUGAUGCUGCUGUGGAUGACGCCUCAGAGACGAAUGUCGCAGGGACAAGCUCAACAGGCUCGGCAGCUGUGGGAGCCUCCCCAGCUCCUCCUCCAGAGCUGGCCGACACCACCACACAGACUGAAGUACCCAAAGUGAAGAAGGAAGAAGAGGAAGAAACUCAAGUUGAAGGGAGGAGGAUAGCGGGGCAGAGUACAUCCAGAGAGAAUUGUGAAGAACAGAGUGGGACAAUCAAGAAAAGUGACAGUCAAGAAAACCACACCUUGCAGAACAGCAUGAAACACCAUCUGGAAAGUGACGAAGCUGCUGGAUCUUCCUGUGCAGAUGCCUGUGAUAAAAAAUAUUCUCCUCUUCAGCCCCACAGUAUUACUGAGGUACAGGAACAACAGGACCAGCUCCUGGAGCUCAUGCAGGCAACAGCUCAGGAGAGAGACUCCUUUAAAGAGAAGGUUGAUAAACUUACUCGCCAGCUGCAAGACAUGCAAAGCAGACUGCAGGAGCUGUCUCAGAUCAGUGUAAAGAAGGAGUGCGCUCACCAGGCCAGCCAGACGGAGGAGGCAGAAGAGGGGGAGAGCAACUACAAAAGUCUGUUUGAGAAGGCCAAAAAGAAAAUCAUUGAAUUGAUUAAAGACAAAGAGGCUUUACUGACAGCUACCGAGACAAAGCCCAGUACUGGUCAAGGUGAAGAAAAGGUCCCUGAUGAGAUUGCGCUGCAAGUUGACUAUCUGAUGCGAGAACUGGAUCAAAAAAACAAGGAAAGGGAUGAACUGCGCUCACAGGUGGACAGUCUGGAGGAGGAAAGGGCAAACCUGGCAGCCCAGUGUGAAAAGCUCAGGUUGAGCUUGCAGCAGCAGCGGGAGAAUCCAGCAGCCACCGAUUCUUCUGUACAGACAGAUACAGAGGAGACAGAAGGGGCAGCGGUCUCUGGCACAGAUUCAAACUCAGACACACUCAGGAGUUUGAUUGAGCUUCGGCAGAACAUCGGGCGCCUUCUCGUCACCUUCGUUCCUGCUCUGGACCUGGCCCAAGUGAACUAUGAGUGUAACGUACUUGAUGAGAUGCUAGAACAGGUCCUCUCUGAUGCGGAGUUGGUCAAAGCAGUGGAGCAAAGCACAAAAUGAAUGAACAAGUCAUCCAAUCCUGGACCCAAGUGCUGCAGUGCAGAAAUUCCUAUGAGUUUGGGAGAUGAAGUUAUAUUUAUUUGAAGUUAUGUACAUGUUUACAGAUUUAUAUUGAUGUAUAUAAAUGUAACAUGCUUUGCAUUAUUUCUUUAAAAAAAACAACAUUAACAGUACACAGCAUGUACAUAUGACUGUUAAAGGCUAUGCGCUUUAAUCUUAUGUUUUUGGGUAUUGGAUCGUAAAAGUAAACAAUUCUGCGUCUGAUUAUGUUUCUCAAUGACAGCUGAUUGCUUUUCUUUGGCUUGUAUUGAAUUUAAAUUGUUAUGUUUAUAUUAUUUUGAAAUAUAUUUUUAUAUUUCCCUUC